AUGUCAACUUCUAGAUCCGAACACUUGGCUCUUGGCUACGCCUCUCAGUCUGGUAGUCAACCUCGUUCUGGUUCUCCCUCCGCCAGCAACUCUCCCAUCGACCCCCUUCCGCCUUCUCGUUCUCCAUUCGGCUUGCCUGGUGGUCUCAACCCUUCAAAUAAGAUGGCGGGCAAUUCGCGAUCCGGGGCUGGUUCUCCGUCGCACGAACUCCCUGGCUCUAGCCGUCUGUUCUCUAAGAGAGCUCGUGAGAUCCAGGCUCAAGAAGGUGUUUCCGGUAUGCCACUCUGGGGCGGCCCUCCUACGAGCGGCAAUUCCACGCCGCUACGCGAGAAUAUCCCCGAGUCCCCUACCGAUGGUUUCCCAGAUUUUGCUCAGCUUCCUACACCGGAUUCGAUGCCUCAGGCGAGGCGUGCCCGCGCUGGCACAGUGCCCUCUCGAUUCUCUCCUGGGGGUGCGGGCAAUGGCGUUGUUGGUAUCCCCGGCCUAGCUGCCAAGGCGAAUAGACCCACGCCUACUCAGAGUCCUUUCAAAUCCCCUUCCCCCAAUCCGGAUGGCCAGGAGAAUCACUCCAAUAGUUCGACCUUGCUUUCUCGUCUCCGCGCCGGCUCCAUGCCUCAGAGGAGCCAGUUUGCCCCCAUCCCUGGUACUAGCUCACCUUUCGGUCCCUCAAUCUUCAGCAGCUGGAACCCUACAGGUGGGGGACGUGAGAGAGCUUCUACCUUGGCCAGCAUUGCCAGCGUUGGCUCGAACGGCCCCAGCUCUCCCGCCCAGUCUCAAUUCUCCAAGGAAGGAGGCGGUGAGUCUGAUGUUCAUAUGAGGACUCUGGAUUAUCUUGGUCUGGCAGAGACACCGCAACCUCCUCGUGCACAGCUCGCUACUCCUUACCUGGCCAAUCUCGACUUUACCAAGCAAGCCAGCCGAUUCCGAUCCUACUCGGUCAACAAUAAGGACAAAUACGCCGAUGACGACGAUGAUUAUGAUGCCGAGAUGCCCUUGGACCCCCAGUACGUGGCAGCUCUUCAGGAUCAGCUGGCCGCUACUAACGCUGCUAUCCACAAUCACAAUCUGGCCGUCCAAGCUUUUGCCAACCAGGCAUCAGCCAACCGUCCUCGUGCUCGAACCGCUGGUGUCUUGGAUACCCCUGGAAGUCGUCUGAUGAGAACCUACAUGUCGGGCAACUCCAAUCUGUCGAACAAUGUCGCCGCUGCUGAAAUUCGACUGCAAGACGACAAGGAUUACGAAGAUCUUCCUCAGGCUGUUGCUGGUAUCAACCUUGGCAGAUCCAACAGCCGCAAUGCUGGCCUUCUCAGCGCUGACGAGCAGGGCCUUGAGGGACCUACGAGCGCACUCUGGUUGGGCAGCAUUCCCACCUCAACCACUACCUCGACUCUGAUUGAGAUGUUCAAAUCCCAUGGCCCCAUCCUGUCGGCUCGAGUGCUUACUCACAAGAACUGUGGCUUUGUCAACUUUGAGCGGGUCGAAAGCGCCAUCUCUGCCAAGGCCAGCAUGAACAGCAAGGAGAUUUUCCCAGGGGCCGGUCCUAUUCGUAUCAACUUUGCCAAGCCGCCCUCUGCUUCCAACACUCCUGGUCAUGACGGCGUUUUCCCAUCUCCUAGCCCCGAUCCAUUUGCCAAGGGUCAAGAUAGCGCUCAAGGAACCAAUGUCACCACACCGGCUGGCGAGACUGCUCCCAGCACUACGUCCACAAAUGCGGCCCCCAAGGCUCCUACUCUGCGUGAAAUGACAACAGAUAUUCUCGAAAUUGUCAAGCAAUUUGGUGCUCCCGAGGAGGACAGGUUCAGGAUCUCUCGCAACCUCCAGUCGGCCAUUCAGUUCAACUCAUUUGUUGAGGAAAUUCCUCCCAUUCGCGAGCCUGCCCACACUCGUGUCCACGAUGCACCAAAGCUUCGGGACAUCCGCAAGCGAAUUGACAAUCAGAGCUUGUCUCAGGCUGAGAUCGAGAAUAUUGCUGUUGACAUGCUUCCGGAGAUUGCCGAGCUUUCGUCCGACUAUCUCGGUAACACUGUGGUGCAAAAGCUGUUUGAGCACUGCUCUGACCACCUUCGCGAUGCCAUGCUGUCUGAAAUUGCGCCUCAUAUGGCCGAGAUUGGUGUGCACAAGAACGGCACUUGGGCGGCCCAGAAGAUUAUUGACGUCUGCAAGACCCCUGCUCAGAUGUCUCUGAUCGUUGAACACAUCCGCCCUUACACCAUUCCUCUUUUCCUGGACCAGUACGGCAACUAUGUUCUCCAGGGCUGCCUCAAGUUCGGCGCUCCCUACAAUGACUUCAUCUUUGAGACCAUGCUUGCCCGCAUGUGGGAUGUCUCACAGGGCCGCUACGGUGCUCGAGCCAUGAGAGCAUGCCUUGAAAGCCACCAUUCCACCAAGGACCAGCAGCGAAUGCUUGCUGCUGCAAUCGCUCUCAACAGUGUGCAGCUGGCAACCAAUGCCAAUGGUGCCCUGCUUCUGACCUGGUUCCUCGAUACCUGUACCUUCCCUCAGCGUCGCACAGUACUAUCGCCCCAGCUCGUACCUUACCUGGUUCAUCUCUGCACCCACAAAGUUGCUUAUCUCACUGUGCUUAAGGUCAUCAACCAGAAGGCGGAGGCAGAUGCCCGUGACGCUAUCCUCCAAGCGUUGUUUUUCACUCCUAACGACCAGGUUUUGGAGGCCAUUCUCAAGGAUCACCAGUGCGGUGCCACUCUUAUCUUUAAGGUGCUUACCACACCCUUCUUUGAUGAGUCUAUCCGCAACCAGGUUGUCGAAAACGUUAAGAACGUCCUUAUCCGAAUUAAGGCUCAGCCUAAUCAGGGCUACAAGCGCCUGAUGGAUGAGGUUGGCCUGUCGACUCGCAACGCUGGGAACAACCGUGACGCUAGCACUCAUGCCGAGCAACGCCAACGUCCAUCAUCGAGACAGGCAAACUCCAGCGGUCACCCCAACUCUGCACACUCCAACAAGCCUUUCUAUAACCCUAUGAACCAGCCAGCUAACCCUCCCGGAUUUGAUAUGCCCUACGGCGGUCAAAGGAACGAAACUGCAGAUGGUGGCGUUUCUGCAUUCCCUCAGUUCAACCAGGGUAUGAUGUACAACGCACCUGGCGGUCCAAUGCCCGCCAAUAUGCAGCAGAUGCAGUACCAGCAGCAAAUGAUGAGCCGCGGGCCGCCGCCCAUGAACUACAACUAUCCCCCCAUGCAGGGCAGCUAUGGUGGUUUCAAUGGCCCUAACCCUUCGGUUGACCAAUACCGCCAGCAGAAUAUGCCCAACGGAAGCCCUAUUCAGCCAUCUGUUUCGCAGAUGCCUCAGAUGCCUGCUGGCCAAACCCCAUUCGCACCUCCGGGCUUCGGCAUGGGAAUGGGCAACUACGGCUACGGAAACAUGGGAGGCAUGCCCAACAUGGGAUACAUGCAGCAGGAGCAGGGUAACCCUAGACGAGGCCGCGUAAGACAACCUCAGUCUCGCAAUGGGCAACAAAGAAGAGGGGGCUAA